AUGCCAGACAAAACACAGUCCUUUAUCACGCAAGAAAAUAAAUACAUUGAUGAAGAAGACGUGGCAUUUGUUCCACAUCAAUACAAAGAUAGUAAAUCAAGUAAGUUCUGGCGUUUAAGACAUCAAGUUGACGAAAAUUGUCGCGUUUUCUUCUCCUUUGUUAAGCCUAGAGGUUCACCUGAUGGCACUCGAUUGGUUUUUAUCUAUUCUCCACCAUUUAUCGCAUUAUUUGAUCAUAUACAUGAAGAAUUAGAGAUAAUUCCAUCAUCAACAGAGUUCUAUUUCGAAGGUAGAUUUUUAAUUCUCGUUAAUAAUGGUGAAGAGCGGGUUUUUUCAAUCAAAUGCGAAGAAAAACGAUUAAUAGAACUAACAAAGAAAAAUUCAUCUGAUGAAAUACUUCAAUACUUUAAAAUGUGUCAAUUGAACAAAUAUCUCAUUCCUCCAAUCUUCCUUACAUAUCCAUUGUAUAACAAAAUACUUUUCAAUGUCAGAUUCUUCGAAUUAGUUUCUAAAUUCCCGAAAAAUAUUUGGAAUCAAGAUUUACUCGAAAACUACGUAAGAGCAGCUGAUCCAUUACUUGAUAAACUAUUUGAUAAGUUAUUCGACAAUUACUUUGCUCCAUUUGAUGUAGAACCCCAAGAAUUUGAAGAAAACGAAUUUUGUUUCAUGAUUACAAGGCAAUUCCUUCUAGUAGAUGAAGUAUACAAUGCUUUCAAAGUUUCCCUCGCAAAAGCAGAAAAAAUUCAAGAUCAAUUUGUUCUUGGUUAUGAAACGAAUCCUUUUACAGAAAGAUCGGCCAUGAUAUUACACUUACUAUAUAUGUCAGCUACUAAGCAUUUUCCGAAUAGCCAAUACCCUUCAAAAGUUGUGAAUUCGCUAAUAAUUUCCGAUUUAUGUUCAUAUCUGUUUGAAAAGAGAGAAGACACUAAACUGAAGCAACUCAAGGAGUUAAUGAAUUCGAAACAAGGUAAUCUUCAGCCACAACUAUAUAAAAGAUAUCUUCAGGUUUCUGAAUCGUUUAAGAAGCAGCCUCCUGAGUUUAUACCUUCUAAGAAGGGUACUUAUACCUAUGAUAGUUUUAUUAUCAUAUUAGGCGUUGUUUGGAGUCAUUUAAAUGACUUUUUCCAGAUUCUUGAACCACCUCCAGCAAAUAAUUAA